CGCCUGCGCAGAGCGGCGGCUUCUCUCGCGAGGACGGACGCCAUUAUCGCAUCUCCCCGACAAACACCACGAGAAUUCCGCAGCCCACACGGCUGCAGAAAGUAGAUGACAUUCCAUCCCCACUGUGUGAGCAUAUUGGAGACAGUGCCUUGCUAGAGAGGACUGUUGUUUUCCCCUGAUGACAUGGUAGGGAUUGCCUUGCUCUUGGAGAAAUACAUCGUCCCUGAAGAACUGUGAGCAGGUGCAGCGAGUGUGGGCUUUGAAUGGGAGCGAGCUUGCACCCUCCCCAGGGAGGGCCCGGGCCGCACAGUUGUUGAUGUGGAACAGGUGACCAGCAGCUGGCCCCGCUGUGAGUUGAACUCUUGCGUGUUGACCGGCCCCUCUCCUGCUCUCUGGAUGAUGUCGGAACACGACCUGGCGGAUGUGGUUCAGAUCGCAGUGGAAGACCUGAGCCCUGACCACCCAGGUACAGAGCUGUGGGACAUUGUUUUGGAGAAUCAUGUAGUGACAGAUGAAGACGAACCUGCUUUGAAACGCCAGCGACUAGAAAUCAAUUGCCAGGAUCCCUCUAUAAAGUCAUUCCUGUAUUCCAUCAACCAGACAAUCUGCUUGCGGCUGGACAGCAUUGAGGCCAAGCUGCAGGCGCUGGAGGCUACGUGUAAAUCCUUAGAAGAAAAGCUGGACUUGGUCACCAACAAGCAGCACAGCCCCAUCCAGGUGCCCAUGGUGGCCGGCUCCCCUCUCGGGGCAACGCAGACGUGCAACAAAGUGCGAUGCGUCGUCCCCCAGACUACAGUAAUACUCAACAAUGAUCGGCAGAACGCCAUUGUAGCCAAGAUGGAAGACCCCUUGAGCAACAGGGCACCGGAUUCCCUGGAAAAUGUCAUUAGCAAUGCUGUGCCUGGGCGUCGGCAGAACACCAUUGUGGUGAAGGUGCCGGGCCAAGAAGACAGCCACCACGAAGACGGGGAGAGUGGCUCGGAGGCCAGCGACUCUGUGUCCAGCUGCGGACAGGCCGGCAGCCAGAGCAUCGGGAGCAACGUCACCCUCAUCACCCUCAACUCGGAAGAGGAUUACCCCAACGGCACCUGGCUGGGCGACGAGAACAACCCCGAGAUGCGGGUGCGCUGCGCCAUCAUCCCGUCCGACAUGCUGCACAUCAGCACCAACUGCCGCACGGCCGAGAAGAUGGCGCUCACGCUGCUGGACUACCUGUUCCACCGCGAGGUGCAGGCCGUGUCCAACCUCUCGGGGCAGGGCAAGCACGGGAAGAAGCAGCUGGACCCGCUCACCAUCUACGGCAUCCGGUGUCACCUUUUCUAUAAAUUUGGCAUCACGGAAUCCGACUGGUACCGAAUCAAGCAAAGCAUUGACUCCAAGUGUCGCACGGCGUGGCGGCGCAAGCAGCGGGGCCAGAGCCUAGCGGUCAAGAGCUUCUCGCGGAGAACGCCGAACUCAUCAUCCUACUGCCCCUCAGAGCCGAUGAUGAGCACCCCGCCACCCGCCAGUGAGCUCCCGCAGCCGCAGCCGCAGCCGCAGGCGCUGCACUACGCCCUGGCCAACGCGCAGCAGGUGCAGAUCCACCAGAUCGGAGAAGAUGGACAGGUGCAAGUAAUCCCACAGGGACACCUCCACAUCGCCCAGGUGCCACAGGGGGAGCAGGUCCAGAUCACGCAGGACAGCGAGGGCAACCUCCAGAUCCACCACGUGGGGCAGGACGGUCAGGUGCUGCAGGGUGCCCAGCUGAUCGCCGUGGCCUCCUCGGAUCCUGCGGCGGCGGGUGUGGACGGGUCGCCACUCCAGGGCAGCGACAUCCAGGUUCAGUACGUGCAGCUGGCGCCGGUGGGCGACCACACGGCCGGGGCCCAGACAGCUGAGGCGCUGCAGCCCACACUACAGCCAGAGAUGCAGCUGGAGCACGGGGCCAUCCAGAUCCAGUGAGCGGUGCCCACAGCACCAGGAGUGCCCACGACACUGGGAGCCCCUCGUCGGCUCCGCCCAUGGCCCGGCCCCCAUGCGCCCCGCUCUCACGGCUUCAGCACAGGCAGCGAAUGCACGUGUUCUGCUGAAGUGCGUCUGACAGCUGCUGCCUCCGCGGGGAAAAGCAUCCUGUCCACGAAAAGAGCGGCAGCCCCGCCCCCAGCCGGAGACCCCUUUCGUCUGAGCCGUGCUGUUGGUGUAGGAGGACGAGGGGAGGCGCAGUGCGGAGAGCGUCGCCGGUGUGCGGCAAAUCAAGACUAUGAUAUUUUUCUGUUUAAACAGCUUUUUUUAAUUUGCUAUGGUGUUUAUAACAAAAAACAAAAUUUGAAAAAAAAAAUCCCAGGGGAGUAGCAGGAGCCCUUUGCUGUGUGCUCUGUUGAGUGUCAAGAGACAGGUGUUUGCAAAGCCAGUUCUCGUUCUGAUGGGGUAUUGCUGACCUACUUUUCUAGGGGAAAUGCUGUCAAACACUGUAAUUAUGCAUUUCUAAUGAAAUAAAAUGUAUUUAUGACCA